ACAGGUAAUGAUACCGCGGCUUAGUAACUGUAUAAUAGUAACCCCUUAUGACACUGCUCGCAUUAAGAUAAUAAGAGCAAGUCUGCUGGACGUGCUUAUCAAAUUGCUUCGUUGCUUCGCGAUCAGUUAUAGACUCUGUAGAUAUACGUCGCUUCAAGGGCCAUCAGGGAUCGUUUACACACGUUAACGUUCGUUCAGCGCACCUACAUUCUUCAACAAUCGUUUAUGAGUUCUGCUGUGUGCUUCUUCGUCACUUGAUAAAGAUAGAUUGCGAAGUACAGAGCGAAGCAUCGCGGAGAAGUGUCGUGAAAUAGAGUAUAGUGAAUAUCUAUAAUAAUCUAUAAUAAACAGAGAAUAGUGAAUAUAUCUGUCGGAUAAUCGUCUGACCGGACGAUUUAAUUUAAUAACAAUCGUUUAUGCUGAUUGAGAAGAUUUCAAGCAGAAGAAGCGAAAAGAAGAGAUGAAGCUGUUUGCACGCCCGGAAUCUUUAACCGAUGCAACAGCAUGGUUGACAACUAUGAAUCGUCUGGUGGGACUUCGCGCUUUCGAGUAUCCUCGCGAUCAUCCGCGGCCUGUGCUCAGUCUGAUCUAUUUUCUGACCCUUUACAUUCUCUACUGCAUCACGUUGCCUCUGCAGCUCAUCUAUUACACGAACGAAAAGUUGCUGAAGCUAGAAUACGUUCUGUACCAGCUGAUGGCGUACUUCAUGUCUAUGAGUAUCUUUCUCAAACUAACGCUGGGCUGGUGGUACACGAAGUCCUUCAAACUCUGGUGCAGGAAGAUCUCCGAGAUUGAUGAAACGUUGCGACAGCUUGGCUCAACAGUAAAGUAUAACUGGGAGUAUUUUAUGACGGUCGGAAUAAUAUCCGCUUGGAUCUUAUUCGCCUUGCUCACAAACAGCAUGAUCUUCAUUUAUCUGCUGAAACGCACACAUCUGUCUUUCACAAUUUAUCUCGUACUGGCAUAUACAUAUGGAAUAACUGUCAACGGCAUCAUCAUUUUGGAAUUCUCCUUGCUUGUGAAAUCCCUACAAAACAGAUUUCGAUGGGUCAACCAACUCUUAUUGACUAUGUCGUCAUCAACAGUAAUAAAUUCAAGCUGUGAGGUGCAAUACGAUGAGAUGCCGAGCAAUAUCGAGCAACAGAAGAAACAAACCUUUUUUAAACUAUCCCAAUUACGCCAACAAUUGCAAAUUCGGAACGAUUCUGCAACAAAAAAGAAAAAGAAUUCUCAGGUUCAAUCUCACACAUUAUUCGAGCUUGAAAAAAAGUUCCAAGAGGAACUUCGAAACCAAAGUCCAAAUCAUGGCGUAAUGAAAAAUCAGAAAUGCAAACAUCAAUUGCAGACACUUAAACAGGUGCACCUGGAACUAUGUAAAGUGUCGAAAACAUUGUGUAGCAUCUUCGGCGUACAGAUAGCUUGUGAGCUGGCAAUGUCCGUUAUGAUCAUUACUGGGUUGUUCUAUAAUUUGUACAUCCGUUUUUUCUUGCGAACUACAACAGACGACCUGAUAAUCCAAACAAUUCCUACAGUUAUAAUGAUUUUUCUCCAUGUCCUGCAAUUCCUUUCUCUGAGUUGCUCUUGCCAAAGAGCGAUCAAUGAGGGAAAUAAGACCAGCGAGAUAGUUCACAUGAUUUAUGGAUGCAACGCAGAUGCUGAUAUACAAGAAGAGACUCAACAAUUCGGUAUACAGAUAUUGCAAUGUCCAGUAAAAUUCACCGCGUUUGGCAUGCCUCUGGAUAACAGGAUUUUAACUUCGUGUUUGAGGUCCGUAACAACCUACCUGGUUAUCAUGAUACAGAUGAGCGACUCGUUAGAAUCGAACAAUGCCAUUCAAUCUGCAAAAUUUAUUUAAUAAAUUGUAAAUAUAAUAAAUAUGAUCGCACAUUAUUUUUUAAUCCUUGAAACUGUAACGGAGUUUUAGCGACGUGUAAAUAAAUGGCGCAAAGUGUUGUGAAAAUAAAAAUUGCGCAAAACAGAA